ACCUCUGCGUCGUCACUCCGGUCGCCAUUUUGAGACUCUAUAUGAGGCGGUCGCUUAGUUUUCUUCAGUUAUUACGGCGCCUCCUCUCCGAAGCGGGUGGUUCUUGUGUGUGUCAUGGAAGGCAUUGUCCAAGAUAUUACAGUUGGUACUAAGCGGGGAUCUGACGAGCUUUUCUCUUGUGUUACUAACGGACCUUACAUCAUGAGCAGCUCUGCAGCAAAUGGAAAUGACAGCAAGAAAUUUAAAGGAGACAACAGAUCUGUAGGAGUUGGUUCAAAAGUGAUUCAUGUCAGAAAGCUUCCAAUGGAUGUUACAGAAGCUGAAGUUGUAGCUCUUGGCCUUCCUUUUGGCAAAGUGACUAAUCUAUUGAUGUUAAAAGGCAAAAACCAGGCUUUUAUAGAGAUGAGUACAGAAGAAGCUGCUAAUACAAUGGUAAAUUACUUUGCCACGGUCACACCAGUGCUCAGAAGCCAGCCAAUCUACAUUCAGUACUCCAACCACAAGGAACUGAAGACCGACAAUUCUCCAAACCAAGCACGGGCACAAGCGGCUCUCCAGGCAGUAAACUCUGUACAAUCUGGUGGUGUUGCCCUGUCAACUGCAGCUGUCACGUUGGACGGUGGCAUGUCCAUAUCGGGACAGAGUCCAGUUCUUAGGAUAAUUGUGGAAAAUCUCUUCUAUCCAGUUACACUAGAUGUCUUGCAUCAGAUUUUUUCAAAAUUUGGAACUGUGCUUAAAAUAAUAACCUUCACAAAGAACAAUCAGUUUCAGGCACUCUUGCAGUAUUCUGAUCCUGUAAGCUCUCAGCAUGCCAAACUGUCCCUUGAUGGCCAGAACAUCUACAAUGCUUGCUGUACGCUUAGAAUUGACUUUUCAAAACUUACAAGCCUUAAUGUGAAAUACAACAACGACAAAAGUAGAGAUUACACACGCCCCGACUUGCCAUCUGGAGAUGGACAGCCUUCAUUGGAUCAAACCAUGGCUGCCUUUGGAGCCCCUGGACUGAUUUCUGCCAACCCAUAUGCUAGUGCAGGUUUUCCUCCAGCCUUUGCUAUUCCACAAGACUUUUUUUCCUCUCUGCAAGGUGUCCAUGGAGCACUUACACCCCUAACACUUCCAUCAGCUGCAGCGGCUGCUGCUAGCAGACUCGGCAUACAUGGUUUAGGAAUUCCUGGAAACUAUGUUCUUCUCAUCAGCAACCUUAGUCCAGAGAGAGUUACACCCCAAUGCCUAUUUAUUCUUUUCGGUGUAUAUGGGGAUGUACACAGAGUGAAAAUUCUCUUCAACAAAAAAGAGAAUGCACUGGUUCAGAUGGCUGAUGGAAACCAAGCUCAGCUCGCUAUGAGUCACUUAAAUGGACAGAGGCUGCAUGGGAAGCCUCUUCGGAUCACAUUAUCAAAGCACCAGACUGUACAGUUGCCCAAAGAGGGACAGGAAGACCAGGGCCUGACAAAGGACUUCACAAGUUCUCCACUUCAUCGGUUUAAGAAGCCAGGGUCCAAGAACUUCCAGAACAUUUUCCCUCCAUCUGCUACACUCCACCUCUCAAACAUACCGCCAAAUGUAAGUGAAGAGGAUCUUAAGCUUCUCUUCUCACAUGACGGAUGCACAGUUAAAGGCUUCAAGUUCUUUCAGAAAGACCGCAAAAUGGCUCUCAUCCAGAUGGGCUCAGUUGAAGAGGCUAUAGAGUCACUAAUAGAACUUCACAACCAUGACAUGGGGGAGAAUCAUCACCUUCGGGUCUCAUUUUCAAAGUCCACCAUUUAACUUGUGGAUGAAAGACUUUCAGCCCUUUGGAGGGUGACCUAAUGUCUCAAAGGGCUCACUUCCAUCAUUCCAGAUAAAAGCCACUUUAUCCAAUAGAAAUGCAGCACUCAAGUGUCCUUGCAUUCCAGAUUUUAUUCCUUUUUUUUUAAGCUUUUUUUUUUUUUUUCCUAGAGACUGCAAUGAUAGUGAUCUUUAUUGGGUAGGGAUUGCCUGGAGGUUUCCCCUAUACCUUUAUUCCGUACUUAAUGUUCAGUUUGAGGCAGUUUCAUGCUUUAGGACCAAAUUGUGAGGUUUCAGAGGCCAGCUAUGAAUCUAGUUGCCACUAGAUUUGACACAAACUGCACCGGGCUUUGCACAGGUGUCUUGAGGACCAUGUUUCAUAUCAGACGAUCACCAUUUUUCAGCUUUGCCUGUUAUCACAUAUAUAUGCUGGCUUUCUCUGUGCCUUCAGUUAUUAUAAAUGUGCAGAAUAGCUGCUAACUGAAUGGCAUAUAAUGUGUCUUGCAGGGUGAGCAGCAUUCUCAUCUUUCCUGUACCAUGAGCAAAGUAAGACGACCGGCACUCGCAGGAGUAGAUGUGUCUUUUUAUUGCCACAUAGAGGAAAUUUUUCCUCUGUGGCAAUAAAAUGACCAUCACAUCUACUCCUGUGAGUGCCGUUUGUUUUCCUUGCGCACUGACGGGAUGCAGACCCUGGACACGUGCGCCGCACAUCAGCAUAACUGAGUGCCGGCUGUUUCAUUCUGUACAUUCCUGUACCAUGUCAGACCAAAUAUUCUGACCCUUGCACCCCAGUACAUUCAUGGUAUCAGUUUCCAGAAAUCUGAUUAUUGGCUGUGUUGAAUGAAACACAUUAUUGCCUUACCCAGUGUCCUGUGUAUAUGCUGUUAAAUUGAUGUACUUGUAUUUUAAAGGAGUGUUCCGAUGUAGUAAGCCGUCUCUUAACCAGAGGAUGGUGGAUUACGUUAGUUUGUUGGUGUCCUACAGCUGGGACCCCCCUACCUGAAGCAAACCGAGCAACUGGUCGCGCAUGCAUUUGGGAGCUCUGCUCUGGAACUCAGAGAUGAAUGCAUGUUUGGAGGGUCCUUGUUGUGAUCUGUGGGUGGAGCAGCUGUAGGACUCCCACCACCCUAAGAUGACUUGCUACUACAGGAAUACCCCUUCACUCAGCAAGCAUAUGUCAUAUUUGUAUGCUGCAAAAAAUGGGGACCAAAUUGUUAGUCGGUGAAAUGUCACCAUAGAGGUGGGAUGUGAACGCCUUAACAUUAAAGUGGUAUUAAUAAUGGAUACUACUUAGAUGGUGCCAUGUGGACAUAAAAAAUAUGAAACAUCUAGGAAUAAAACAAAGCAUUUUAGGUUUGUCUGCAACAUCUUAAACAGUUAAGUGCCUUUCACAUGGGAAUUUCAAUCUGUUAUUGUGAGAGCAAGGUAAAUUGAAACCAGUCUUGGGGGCCCUAGAGGACUGCUUGAUGAGUGCCCAUUGACUAUAAAUGCAUCGGCCAAUUACACAGUAGUGAUUACUAUCGCCACUGUUUAUCCUGUUCCAUUCAGAUUACACAGGGCAACGUGCUGCUGAUCGGCAUCUUUCAUUGUGAUGAAAGCUGUAAAUCAAGUGAGUGAUGCUUGUUUAUAGACCGAUCAGGAGCACAAUUAUACAGGCCAGUUAUCCUGUGAAUGCUUGUUCCCGAUAAUUGCCCUGAAAAUCGUCCAGGCUAAUAGGGACUUUACACAAUCGUCUAUGCUAACCUGUAAAUACUUAAAGGGGUCUUCUGGUUAUGUAAAGUUGUUCUCUAGCUACAUGAUGGGGCAGAACUAUUAGGCGAGUCUUACUGCUGGGAGCAGUACCUAAUAACCCUUGGAGUCCCCUGAAAUGAACGGAGCAGCCGGUUGGGCAUGUACACAGCCACUCUAUUUCUAGGAGUUCUAGAGUGUCGAGCACAGCACUCAUCUAUCUCUGGAACGUGUAUGCUCAGCUGGCCACUCCGUUCAUUCCUGAGCUGGGGGGGGGGGUUAUCAAAGCAGUAUGGGGGUCCCAGCCCUAGGACCCUGCACAAUGUAAUAGUUUUCACCUAUCCUGUGAAUAGGGGAUAACUUUACAUAACUGGCAUACCCGUGCAGCAAUUGUAUGCUGGAUUAGAUAUUCUAUAAUCUUCUGCUGGGGCUGGUGUGCCUUCCAAACAUUGACUGGCAGAUUUGAUGCCUGAACAUUUGGCAUUCAUAAUUUCCAAUGUCUAGAAAGUGCCUUUAAUGCCACUUGCAAUCAUUUAUAUAAUGCCUUACUGAUAAAGGGGAAGUGGCAUUAGUGCAGGGUUUUUCCUACCCCAGUGCCUUAUCACGGUGUACUCCCGUUGGUGGCAUGAAAUUUACACGGCUAGGUCAUGUGGUCACUUGUUGUUGUACUGGGUCAAGGAAUUUGGGGUAUUUGGACAGAAUAUUGUGGAUCAGUUGACAAGAUUAAAGCAUCUAAUUUCAUGAAUGGCUUGAUAUACUGUUGGACAGUACAUACAUAAUGUCAUGUAUACUUGGCAGUAUGAUGCAAGUUUUCAGGAAUUGGAGCUGAACAUGGUGGUUGUGGUGCACAGCGGAGUGCUGCAUGCUGGAUGCUGUGCACAUAGCCUGAAGCAGCUUUAACCUCCUCAUAUACUGGGCAUUAUAGCCUAUAUCAACUUAAGUGUAAAUACUUAGCAUUUUGUAUACCUACUUGCAAAAGCUGUAAAACAAUAUAUUCCUUUUUUUUAUUAGUGGUAAAUUGUAUAUUUUGAUAACCUUUCAGAAAGAUUUCAGUAUUGUGGGGGUGCUCAGAUGGAAACUUAAAAUCAAUUACCUCUAAUCAAUGUUUGUAUGAAAGACAAAUUAAAACUAUUUUAUAAGAAACGUUUAUACUUUUCAGUAGGUGUUUACUCAGCUGUAGCUCUGUUAUCUGCCAGUGUAUGGGCUUAUAAUAAACUUUAUUCUUCUGCUA